AUUAGCUUUCUAUAUUAAACCAACCCCUAACAUUUUGACCUAAAAAAUAAACAGAGAAGUGCAUGAAAGCUAAGUGAACCUAUGAAAUGUGUACAGUAGCUUGGUGAAGGUAAAAAAGAAAUCAAAACCAGUGAUUUUGGCAGAGUAACUUGGUGUGUACAGUGUACCCUUGCUUUCACAAUUUCUUCUUCUUCUUCUUCUUCCACGGAAUUGCCCGAAUCAGAGAUAUGGGGUGAAAGCUUCAAUGAGAACUGCAGCUGUAAAGGGCACUGUUAGUGAUGGGGUUGUGGACUUCCUCUUUAAGAUGCUUGGAGAUGGCUUUGAAUUUGACAAGAAUAAGAUACAUGAUGUUUUUGGCCGUUGCGGAUAUGAUGUACAGAAGGGACAUUUUUUUAACAGAAAGGUUCUUGAAGCAGAUCAAAAAUCUUCUCAAAAGCUUUUUCGAAUCAAAGAAUCCGACGAUGACGAAAUGUCUCUUGAUUUGCAUGAACAUGAGCCAAAGCAAGCCCUUCCUCUUCUCAAAUUUCAUUUAACUACUCUGGCUUUCCUGCAAUCAAAUACCAUCGAUUCAUAGUUGGGACAGGGAGAUGAAGAUAUGAAAGGGGCUCGGAAAAAAUUGGCAAGUCACACACUUGAGAUUAGCUUAACAACUUUGUGCCACUAUGUGGGGAUUAAUAUGUAAAUUUACAUGUAGUAUGAUUUAAAAUAGAUGUUAUGCUUAAGGAAAAAUGACAUGUCACUCACAUGUUACAUUUCAGUGGGUAAAAUGCAUAUGAUCUCCUACUCAUGCUCAGCAUUCAAAUUUUGGAUACACAUUUACAUUAUAUUUCCUUGUGUAUUUAUUAGGAGACAGAAAGUGAAAAUUGUAUUGAAUUCGAUGAACAUACUUUGUUGGGGCCUGGGGGGUCAUUUUGAUAUGUUCAUUUAGUCCAGUUGAUGAAGUUUAAGAAUAUUCCUAAAUCUGUAGCGGAUUAUUAAGCUGCUGACCAAGAAUUCCAUUAAUUGGACGGAAGAAGACUAUGGUCCUACCUUACGUCUUCCAAGUGGAUGUAAUCGAUAGGAAAAUUUUGGAGUUUGCUAAAAAGAA